AAAAAGCCACAGCUCUGCCCACAACCAUGAUGUAACUUUUCCAACAUAUAUAUGGAGGGCAUGUUACAUUUAGGCAGUAGAUCUUUACUUGAGAUCUCUGCUAACAUCAUUUACUUAUUCUAAAGAAAAGGUGAAAUUGCUUGGAAGAUGCCCGUUCUGCAGGUGUUCAGCAUGGUUCUGCUUGGCAUAGCCUUAGUAUACUCCACUGAGAUAUGUUAUGAGACAGACUAUACCCUCAUCAAGUGUGGAGCUCCAGGAAAAGAUGGGCUACCGGGCACACAUGGCAUAAAUGGGUUAAAUGGGGAAAAGGGAGAGCGAGGUCCAAUAGGACCAGCUGGGCCUCCUGGUCUUGAUGGACGUCCAGGACCAAAAGGUGAACAGGGACCACAAGGGGAGAAAGGCGAAAGAGGAGAUAGUGGAGCUUCAGUGCUUGAAGUUCUUAAACUCCAACUUGGUCUUUUGGAUGGAAGAAUCAUGAAAAUGCAGUCCAACAUGGUAUCACUUAGGAAAGCAUCCACAGAAAGAAUAGACUUGGCUAUUCUUUUUGCGGAUUUUGCUUCGAGACGGAGCAUUUCCGAGCAGUCCUAG